AUGGCUGGAUAUGCGCAUGAUCAGAUACAGGUCAUGGUGGCUGAAGUAAAGAAAAUGACUGUGGAAAAAUUGAAAACACUUCUCAGAACUGAGGGGCUACCGGUGUCUGGAGUGAAGAGUGAACUACAGAUAAGGACUAUCGCACACAUCGAAAAACUGCGCAACGCAAAUGAUCAAUUUGGCUUGAAUAGAGUACGAGGCAAUAUUGGAGGCAUUCGUCCCUCACCUUUCAACGACCGCCAGUACCUUCCUCCACCUUACUCUGCGCAUACCCCGAACGCUUCAGCUUCUCCUCAGUUUACGUCCCCCAAUGCCUCUUACAAUAUGUCUUCGACCAAUACGUCCUUUCCGCCGAGUCGCAUAACUUUCAAACGAUCGCCCUUCUACACAAUAAUGCGACCGCUGUCCCAGACGCUAGAAUGUAAAGCCAGAGAAACGACUCGAGAUACAGCCCGCCUCUCAGUGGCGCUACCGCAGCAGGUCAUUGAUCAAUUGGAACAAGACUCAUCAUGUCGAAUCAUGGUAUUUUGUGCCUCGGAAGGUUUCCAACCCUUUUCCAGAGAGUCUGAGAUCGCAUUUCCCCAUAACGUGGAGCUCAAAUGCAAUCAAGAUGAGUGGAAAGGCAACUUGCGCGGUCUGAAGAACAGGCCUGGCUCGACAAAACCGGCUGAUAUUACCCAUCUCAUACGAAAAAAGCCCGCCAACUAUCCAAAUACCGUGGAGAUGGUGUACGCUCUUACGACCAAGAAGUUUUACCUUGUGGUCAACCUGGUACAACAAAAAUCCAUUGACUCCUUGGUUUCCGAGAUUCGACGAGGGCGGGUGAUUAGCAAGGAACAGGUCUUACGAGAAAUGCGAUCGAAGGCAGACGACCCUGACAUCGUGGCGACAUCAAGCGUGCUCUCUCUGAAAGAUCCUGUCGCAUACACCAGAAUAAGCACACCUUGCCGUUCCACCGGGUGCAAUCACAACCAGUGUUUCGAUGCAGGCUGUUUUCUUCAAUUGCAAGAGCAGGCGCCAACGUGGACAUGCCCAAUCUGUAACAAAGUGGCCUUCUGGGAAAAUCUGGUGAUGGACCAAUAUGUUAAUGACAUAUUGAAUGCCACACCGGGCGAUACAGAAGCCGUCACGGUACAACCAGAUGGCCAAUGGUCAAUUCAAAAGGAUGCGGAGACAACCACGAAUCGUAAAUCAAAUCCGACGCCUAGUGACGACGAGGAUGACGAUGACGACGAUGAUCUAGUCGAGAUUGCCGGCGAAAGAUCCGAGAUACGUCCUAAGGUCGAGACGCUCACCCCCAGCAGUGUCCGGACACCGCCGUUAUCUUCCAGAGCAGAGUCAAAUGCCCCGUCAGGCAUCAGGUCUUCGAAUAAACGGUCUCGAGAGGACGUCAUUGAUCUCACUCUCAGCGAUGACGAGGGACCAGCAACAAAACAGCCGAGACUGCCAGCUCCUUCGUCUGUCCCAUCAACAUCACGACCUCCGGAUCGAUUCCGCUUCCAAUUGCCCCCUCCGAGCUCAUCACCCGAGUACGACAGAUACAACUCAACAUUCUAA